AUGGGUGAAGCCCAAACAUUCGAGCAUAGCAGGGACAUGUUGGACAUAGAUAGCCCAGGGCAUGGAGUUCUCGGAAGGAUCGUCUCCAUAAACUAUUGGAUAAUACUCCGGGAAAAAUCCAUGAUCACAGAUAACGCGAAGAAACUGGUGUCGAAAUUCAACGAUGUUUUCGCCGUAAGCGACUCGGAGUUGACUCAGACUGACCUGAUAGUUCAUAACAUUGACACCGGAGAGCAUAAGACCAUAAAACAAAAGACUCGGCUAGUUCCAGUAGCAGUGCGCAAAGAGUUCAAAGGACUGGUAAAAGACCUGGUCAGUCGUGGAAUAGUUGAGCAAAGUUCAUCUGAAUGGGCUUCGCCAGUAGUGCUUGUCAAGAAAAAAGACGGAUCUCUCAGAAUCUGCGUCGACUACAGAGAACUGAACAAGACCACCCGGCAUGAUUCGUACCCACUUCCAAAGAUACACAGCACUACAGUGUCUAAGCUUCUGGCUACUGGCAAAUCCUUCACGGAAGAAGGAAAAAGGAAAAGUGCCUUUACGACAAGUGAGGGGCUAUAUCAAUUUACCGUGCUGCCAUUUGGGCUAUCCACCAGUCCAGCAGUCUUCCAACGAAUGAUGCAUAUGGUUCUGGAAGGGCUGGGCUCGGAGAAAGAGGUGCUCGUAUAUAUUGACGAUAUACUGGUCACCACGGAUACACUGGAACGACAUUAUGCUGUUUUAGAUGCGGUGCUGGGAGCGCUACGUAAGGCGAGUCUACGUCUGAAGCCCCAGAAGUGCGAGUUCUUCAGAGAGAGUGUGUCUUUUCUGGGCCAUUUGAUAGACAAGGAUGGAGUAAGAACGGAUCCUGAUAAGCUUGACCUUCUGAUUAAAUCUCCUGAAGAAAUCCCGGAUGAACCAAUUAGAAGUAAUACAAAACGGAAGAAAAGUCGAAAACCAAGAGUAGUAAAAGAAAAAGCGACGUGCAAAGCUAUGACGUCAUGUAUUGAUGCGUCUUUCAGACUCGAGGACGCGUACGAUGUCAACGACAACAUGCACUUCUUGCACAUGCUGUUCAAGUGCGAUGGACAGAACUUUCCUCAGAUGGACGGUCGCAAUGGAUUCCCGCUGGCUGGCUGCCGCGUUGGCCAGAACACCUUCGUUCAUGAUCUCCUUCCAGUUGUCCCUCAGCCUGCCGCAGACGAGGAGUUGUAG